ACAUGGCGGAAGACGAUGUCGGGUUUCGCAUCAACAAAGAUUUCGCCAAGAAAUAUGACGAGUACAGAAGGAAAGAGGAGCUCCAGAAACUGAAAGACCGUUAUGGAGAUGUAGAUGUGGACGCCAGUUCCAGUUCUUCAUCAGAGACAGAAGACGAGGAUGCAGUGGAGCUGACCCCAGCCAUAGAAAAGGGCUUCUUGAAAACCCUGGCAGCUCUGAAGAGUAAAGACCCACGGAUUUACCAACAGGACACCAACUUCUAUGAUGAAGAUAAGAAAGGAGAGCCCAGCAAGACUGAGGAGAAAGGGAAAAAGCCUAAGGAGAAGCCGAUGUUCCUUAAAGAUUACGAGCGUAAGGUGCUGCUAGAAAAAGGAGGGGUUCCAAGUGAUGACGAGAGCUCAGAAGAGGAGUUUGCUAUGAAUAGACCCACCAGUCCCAGCUACUAUGAAGAACAGGAGCAGAUUAAGCAGAGUUUUAAACAGGCCCUGUCUGCUGGAGAUGAUGAUGAUGAUGAAGAUGGCAGCCUCCUGGUGGAGAGACGGAGGACCCAGCAGGAGUUAGAGGAAGAUGAGAGAGACUACACGGCCUGGCUGACUGGACAGAAGGAGGAACUGGCCAACAAAUAUAAGGACAUGGGCCCUCUGAAACAGUACUGGACUAAUCCUGAACUAGACAAGGGGGAAGCUUUCCUGAGAGACUACAUCCUGAACCAAGAGUACAGAGACCCAGACAAGGACAGGAUCCCCACCUAUGAUGAGAUCGUGGAUGAUGAUGAUGAUAUUGAUUACUCUGAGGAUGAGGAGUAUCUGGAAAAGGCUGAAAACUUUGAGAGAAAAUUCAACUUCAGAUAUGAAGAGCCAGAUGCAGAAUUUAUCAAGAGCUAUCCGCGAACCAUCGCCAGUUCUGUACGGAGAAAAGACGAACGCAGGAAGAAGAAAAGGGAAGAGACCAGGGAGAGGAAGAAAGACGAGAAACACAAGAAGAAAGAAGAACUAAGACAGCUGAAGAACCUUAAGAAGAAGGAGAUCCUGGAUAAACUGGACCAUCUUAAGGAGAUCACAGGAAAUCAGGACAUCGGCUUCAACCAGGCAGACUUAGAAGGAGACUUCGACCCCAAGAAAUAUGAUGAGAUGAUGCAGAAUGUCUUCAAUGAAGACUACUAUGGAGAGGAAGAAGGGCAGAAACCAGAGUUUCCAGAAGAAGAGGAAUUGGAGGAAGAUGUGAACUGGAACCAAUGGCAGGGUCCUGAUGGGGCGGAGGGAGGAGGGGGUGAGUAUGACUGGGAGAACAGCCAGGAGUGGGAGGAGCCACACUGUGAUGAUCCAGACUUCAAUAUGGAUGCAGACUACGAUCCUGAAGCCCAACAGUCGACCUCCCAGGAAAUCUUGGCCAUGUCAAAGAAGAAGAAACGCAGGAGGAAGUUAGGAACGUACUUUGCAGAAGCCGUCAACAAGAAGAAACCAGUCUUUGAUCCAAAUGACAAGACAUUUGAGGAAUAUCUGAGUGAAUAUUACAAGCUGGACUAUGAAGACGUCAUUGGUGACAUGCCCUGUCGCUUCAAGUACCGAAAUGUUAUGGCCAACGACUUUGGGCUGACUACAGAAGAGGUGCUGACAGCUGCAGACAGUGAGUUGAACACCUGGUGUUCGGUGAAGGCCAUGUCCAAGUACCGGUCGGAGGAGGAGGAGCACAGAGAACUGAAGAGAUACCGGAAGAAGGGCAGAGACACCAGGAAGAAACACAGGAUACUGGCCAGCCUGUCAAGGGAGAUAGAGGACAAUGAAGAAGAGGACAAAGAUGCUGCUACCCCCACGAUGUCUCAAGAAGUGUCAAAGAAAAGGAAGGACAGACCAGAACUUUCUCAAGACACUGGAGAGGUGACUAAGAAGCAGAAAACUGACUCACAGACAGAGCCUGAGACGACAGCUCCUACUGAAGGUGUAAAAGAGACAAAAGUAGUAGAGAGGGAAGAGGACAAGUCUAUGAAUGGGGGAGGGGAAGACGGAAAUGCUACAACCCCGAAAAAGAAGAAAAGAAGAAGGCAAAGGAAGAGGAAGCUCACUCAUGAAACUCCAGCCACAGACAAUAAUCCUACACAACAACAAGAAGACACAACAGAAACAAACGGUAAAGGAGAGACAAGAAAACAGAGCUCAAACGAAGGAAACACUGCUGAAGAUGUAAACAAAAAGGACAACAACAAAAAGGAGAAGAAGAAACAAAAGGCUGUAGCAAGGGUACAAGGAGAGAAAAAACAGCCUCCUAAGAUGUCGGCAGAGAGAAUCAAAGCGUACGGUUUUAAUCCUAAGAAGUUUAAGUACAUUCUUCAGAACCAGAAGAAAAAACAAAAGAAAGAGUCAAAUACAUAAAAUAGAGAAGGGAAAGUAAUGUGAUGUAUCUUUCUAGUUUGUAUACUGUUUUUGUCCACUUCGUUGCCAUCAGUCAGAAUGCAGCAUGCCUAUGCAGGUUAGUGCAGGUAAAUUGGAAGUGUGCAGGUAUUUCUGAUGUCUACAUGUACCGGUCC